AUUUAGAAGGCAAUAUAAAAAGAUAACAUAAACUUUAGGACCUUUCAUGUGGCAUUUAAUGAUUCCACAAUUGGUUUCUCAUUUAUAUCAUCAUGGAGCUACAUCAAGCAAAAUGGGCGGAUGGAGAUUAAAACCUUGAAUUCCAGUCAACUCCGCUUCACUGUUAGAGCACCCAUUUAUAAGUUUCUAUUACAUGAGCGGCAAACCAAAUUGUUUGUGACCCCUAACACAAAUGAUGGUCACCCAUAAUUCUCUCUGUUAGAUGAAGAAACAAAUACUAAUCACGCACCUGACUCUGAAGUACCGACAUUCUUGAGCAAAUGGUCACCUCCUGGGUACCUUUGUGGGGGACUGUCUGUUCUUGUCUUGGCAGGAUAGGUAAUCAUCAGGCCUUUAAAGGGCAAAAUUCACUGGAGAAAUACUCUUCAACAGCUAGAGAUAGUUGGACCAAAAUCAGUUGGGGUUUGUCUUUUGACCUCUGCAUUUGUCGGCAUGGCUUUCACCAUUCAGUUAGAGAAUUUAUCAGACUGGGACUGCAAUGAUCUGUUGGCGGUGUUUUAGUACUAGCCUUUUCAAGGGAAUCGAGCCCUGUGGUCACAUCAAUUGUUGUCGCGGGCGGAUUGGGAGUGCCUUUGCAGCAGAGUUGGGAACAAUGCAAGUUUCUAGGCAAACCGACACACUGAGAGUUCUCGGCACAAAUCCUGUUGAUUAUUUCGUGACGCCUAGAGUUAUUGCUUCCUGUCUUGCUCUGCCAUUGUUGACUUUGAUGUGUUUCACAGUAGAGUUGGCAUCUAGUGCUUUGCUAGCUGAUGGUGUUUUUGGAGUAAGAAUUAACAUUAUACUAGAUUCAGCAAAGAGAGUACUUAGAUUGUGGGAUCUAAUAAGUGCGAUGAUCAAAUCACAAGUUUUGGGUGCAAUCAUAUCAAUCGUGAGUUGUGCUUGGGGAGUAACUACUUCAGGAGGCGCCAAAGGCCUCGGAGAAUCGACAACUUCAGCCGUGGUUAUUUCACUCGUUGGUAUCUUUAUUGCUGAUUUUGCAGUAUCAUAUUGCUUCUUCCGGGGAAUUGGAGAUUCUCUGAAAAAUGCUAUGUGAUCAAAUUGAAUUACUGUUGUUGGUUUAGAUCGCAGGUCCUGUUUCCAAUCAACAGUGUGAAAAGAAAAGAAAUACCAAUGGUCCUAGUUGUGAAAUUUGCAUACUUCAUCAGCUAUUCAGUGGUUUCACUUUUUUAUCUCGUAUUAAUCCCAUAAAAACAAGGAGCUUGGACUUAGGUAAAACAUUAGUUCCUGGUAUAAAUAGGGAAAAUUAAAGUAUGACACUGUCUUUUAUGAAAUACUAUUAGUCAGUUUUUAUAUUUUUGGAAAUAUAUUAAAAUCCUCUUAUAAUUCACUUCCUGUGGGAGUAUAAGGUUUUGUUCA